AUGGAUAACAAUAACAAUAAUAAUAACAAUUUAAGUAGAGGAAGUAGUAGUGGUAGUCUAGGAAGUAGUGGUAGUGGAUUGCACAGUAAUCAUGGUAGCAGUAACAAUCUGAGAAAGAAUGAGAGUGAAGUAGAUCUCUUUGCGAUAACAUCGAAUCUCAAUACACAUUCAUCGGUAACUCAACUGUUGGCUGCUCGUAAACCAAAUAAAACAUAUCUAUCUGAGAAAACACCAGAAGAAUUGAGUAAAGAAUCAAGAAUCAUUGAAAGUAUAGAUAAAGAGUAUUUCACAGAUGAUUUCAAUGUCGGAAGUCUAUUGGAUUCCAUCGGUGCGGACGGAGGUAUCGAUAUGAUAGAUCAACUAUCGGUAAAGAUCUAUGGAUAUCACGAAGCAGUUGACUCGAGAUUCAAUAACUUGAUUAUGAAAAGCUAUAAUGGUUUUGUUGAAGGAAUGUCACAGGUUUAUGAGAUUGAACAGGAUCUUACACACUCUGCGGUGAUGUGUAAGUCUGGUAAGACAUAUCUCGAUGAAGUACAAAAGAGUUUGACUGCAUUUGGAUUCAUUCUGCUGCAGAAACACAGAAAGAAACAGAUCUAUCAAUACAUCCUGAGAGAGUUGGAGAGAAUCAGAGAUAUCAACGAAGCAGGAAGAAAGAUCGAUCGGCUAUUGAAUCAACACGACUUUCCAAAUGCAAUUCAAUUGGCAUCCAAUAUCUCCAAUAUGAUAAUAUCAUCCACUCACUAUGAAUGUAUAUCUAAUAUAACUGCUGGUUUUGAGUCAUCUACACAAUUGAUUUUAGACAAGAUAGAUUCAUCAUUCACAGAGAUAUGUCAUAUGUUUAAUGAAGAUACUUUCGAGAGUGUUAUACAUGGAUACAUUCAUCUCAAACAGAAACAACGAUUAAAAGAUAAGAUAUUCCAGAAUUUCAUAACAAACAUAGAUGAUCAUACAAAGAGGAUAUUGAAAACACAUCUUUACAAUACCACUGCAAAUCCUGAAGAAUUUAAAACUAUGAUGUUUGCAGAUAUGUGUAGAUGUGUAAAAGAAGAUCAAUAUGUAAAUGUAUUAUUAGGUAUUCUCGAACAUCUAUCUGACUUGAUGUCAUCACACUAUCAAAUGAGAAUGUGGAUAUUAGAUACAUUACAUAAGAAUCCUGAUUCUCCAGAUAAAGAUUUUUAUAUCGAUAUACACAAGUUGUUGUUCAACUUUAAAAAGAAUAUGUGGAAUACAAUACAGAAACAAGUUAAACUGCUAUUAGGAUCAUGUAGUCCUUCUUUUAAGAUAGAAGAAUUCUUAAAGGUUUUAGAAUCUACGAAUCAGUUUAUAGAGGUUGGACAUGAGUUUUUAAAUUCUACAGAGGAUUCUAAUUUGUUAAAGACUACGAUUAAGGAGCAAUCGUUUGCAUACUUUGAACAUUUCCACAAGCAGAGAAUAGAGGAUCUUAGGAUUAUGUUGGAGAAUGAAAUGUGGCACAAGGUUCCGCUACCGAAUGACUUUACCGUUAUGAAUAUAGCAGAGUUUGGAAGUGUAAUUAAUUCGAUGAAAGCUUUGAUUGGCGAUACCGCUACAGCCGACGGUAGUAGUGGUAAACAAGCAGCAGCGACAACACCGUUGAUUUCACCGUUUUUAAUUAUGAAUGCAGAGAAUACCAUUAAUUUAGAUCCCGAAGUACAUAGAUCAGCUUAUUUCGAACGUUACAAAGUAGAUGGCAAUCCAUUCCAUGUUACGGAGGGAAGAAAGACACUAUCAGAGGCUGCCGGUGAUAACCUAAAGAAUAGCAGUCGAAACGGAAGUGCCGCCGACCAGAACGGAGAUCUCAGCAACACAAACUCACCGCUGUUAUCAUCGACAACCAUCAAUGUUAUUCGUCUCAUCGGAAAGUACCUACAGAUGAUGAAGAUCCUCAAGCAACUCUCCUAUCCAAUCUUCACAGCCAUCUCACAACUACUGGAAUACUAUGUCUACACGGUGUUUACAUUCUUUGGUGAAUGUACAAAUUCCGAUGUUUUUGAUAAUGCUGAGAUAUCAAAUGUGAGUCCAAUUUUAAAGAAAACAAUGCAACGAUUGAAAGCCAAGUUUGUUGGAGUACCAACUACCAAUACAUCAUCAUUACUAUCGACAACACAUCUAUUCCAAUCUAAACUUACAUCAUCACCUAUUUCACUACGUGUUUCAUCGGAUAACAGUAAAUCACCACCUACACUUGCACUUCAAAAAGAAAGCAAUAACGACGAUGCCAUUUCUAUCCAAUGGGUAUUACCGAAAGUAUCGGAAUUGGUAGAUCUGACAAACCCAAAGACACUCUAUGGUUUAGAGUAUCGUGUCAUCGGUUUGGAAUCAAUGAUGUUCUUAGUAGAUGCAAUCAUGCAAGCCAGUCCACUCGUAAUGAAUCUAAUUCCAGAGGAAAAGAAACAAUCUAUAUCGAUAUUCUAUUCGGAUACAGUUAGUGUUGUAAGUGCACUAAGAAAUGUUUGCUAUAAAAACAUUGCUUCACAAAUAUUAAACUUCGAUCAAUUAAAUGUAUCGAUUUCAAGUAUGAGAUGGGAAUUAAAAGAUGCACCACCCGAUCCAAGUCCCUAUUGGAUCGCUAACACAAAAGGUUACGAAUUUGCUCUGGGUCAAUACGAUUACGUUCUUGAUGGAUUCACUGAUAGAUGCGUAUUCAAAGAUCAAAAAGUCAAUACAAUGGUUGUAAAAGAGAAAUCUACAAACAAUAAUAAUAACAAUAAUAAUGAAUAUGAAGAUAAUGAUAGUGAUACAAGUGAACCAACUGAUUAUACAGGAUUUCAAUUGAUACCGGAUCAUGAUGAUGCAGCAUCUGAAGUGGAUGAUGAUAAUAACGAUGAUCAACACUAUGAAACAGCAGCUAGAUCCAGAGAAGAAGAGAUUAGAAGACAAAUCGAAUUGAAUAAUCAAUUCCUCAAUGAAGAGUUUACAGAUUUCACAUCACAUUCAAAUGAUUUUCAUGAUACCAAUCAGUUUGGCAAUGACGACGGUGGAUUCAGCGAUCUCAAAGUAAACACAAACAAUCUUUUAUUUAGCGAUGUCGAUUAUUUCCCAAGUAAUAAAGAUGAUCCUUUUUCAACAACAGAUAAUAACAAUAACAAUAAUAAUAACAAUAGCAACAAUAAUAAGGUAGAGGAUAAUAAUAAAGAUAAACCAAUAGAAUAUUGUGAAAGAAAUGAAAAAGGACAUUUGGUUUUAAGUAAAGAUAAACUAAUCCCACCUGAUCAUGCCGAUGUAAUAAGAGAAUGUAUGAAGAAUAUAAAGAUUGAUUAUAGACCAAUGUGGUCACAUCUUGUACCUGAAGAAAAGUGGAUAACAAACUUAAAAGAUAAAACAUCAAAAUAA